AUGUCUGAGUUUGAAUCUCUUGUUCACCUGUGCAGGGUGUGUUACCUGGCGGGGAGGCUGGUCCAGGUGUUACAUGAGCGUCAGCCUGAGCUGCAGAUCAGCGAGAGGGACAUGCUGUGUGUGCAGAUCGCAGGACUGUGUCACGAUCUGGGUCAUGGUCCUUUUUCGCACAUGUUUGAUCGAAAGUUCAUCCCAAAAGCUUGUCCAGAGCUUGACUGGAAGCAUGAGAUGGCAUCACUGCAGAUGUUUGAUCACCUCAUCUCUGUCAAUGGGCUGAAGUCUGUGAUGAUGAAGCAUGGCCUGGAGCUUUCAGAGGACCUUCACUUCAUCAAAGAGCAGAUUGCAGGGCCUACCUACAUCCCCAAGGGAGACGGCCAGGAGACGACUUCAUGGCCGUAUAAAGGUCGGACAGAAGCCAAAGGUUUCCUGUACGAAAUCGUGGCCAACAAGAGAAACGGUAUAGAUGUGGACAAAUGGGAUUACUUUGCAAGGGACUGCUACCACCUUGGAAUCCAAAACAACUUCGACUACAAACGCUUCCUCAAGUUCGCUCGUGUUUGUGAAGUCGGGACAAAGAAACACAUUUGCACGAGAGAGAAGGAAGCUGGGAAUCUCUAUGAUAUGUUUCACACGCGAAACUGCCUCCACCGUAGAGCCUAUCAGCACAGGGUUGGGAAUAUCAUUGAAACAAUGAUUACUGAAGCGCUCCUGAAGGCAGAUCCCUACAUUCAGAUUGAAGGAUCACAUGGAAAGAAGUAUGCAAUCUCAACAGCUAUUCAAGAUAUGGAAGCCUACACCAAGCUUACAGAUCACAUCUUCCAGCAGAUCUUGUAUUCCAGCACCCCAGAGCUGGCAGAGGCCCGUGAAGUUCUCAAUAACGUUAUUUGCCGUAAACUCUACAAAUGUGUUGGACAAACGCAGCCCAAAUCCAAAACAAAGAUUUCAAACGAUCAACUUGACAUUUUGGCCAGUGAGGUCGCUCAAGCUUACCCACAGAACUCUACAGAUGUGAAGCUGCAAGCAGAGGAUUUUAUUGUCAAUAUCAUUUCCAUGGACUACGGAAUGAAGGAGAAGAACCCCAUAAAUAACGUGCGCUUCUACUGCAAGAACGACCCCCGAAAGGCAAUUCGGAUUCGCAGAGAUCAGGUGUCUCAGCUGCUGCCAGAGAGGUUUGCAGAGCAGCUGAUCCAGGUGUACUGCAAGAAAAUUGACAAGCAGAGUGUUGAGGCUGCCAAGAAAUACUUUGUGCAGUGGUGUAUAAACCGGGACUUCACCAAGCCACAGGAUGGGGAUAUUAGCGCUCCAGAGCUGACGCCACUGAAAGCCAGCUGGAUGGAACAGGAUGACUCUGAGGACGACUGCCCAGGUCCUACCAAUGGGACACUAGCCACUGUCAAACCAAGAACCAGGCUGUUCCAAAAGGAAGGCCCUAAUGUUAAUGGGGGAGGAGAAACCUUAAACAGUAGAGAUUGAUGAACCUGGAACUGGGCAAGAGGAGGAGGUGCCGAUUCCAACUUAAAACUCACAAAGUACAGCAUGAGAGUGACGCCAUUAAAUUAGCUGCUGCUUUUUUUUUGGGGGGGGGGGGGGGGGUUGUUUGGGCAAUAUGAUACCAAUCAUAAUAAUUGCUCACAAGUGAUUGUCAGAAUGUGAAUGCUUGCAGACAUUCACAGUGAUUGCCAAAGAGUGAGGCAAAGCUGUUUUUAUUGCACUGUACUUGAGUCAGCUGUGACUUGUGCAUGAGCAAGAAGCCUAUCUGGGCUGUAUGAAUGCUGGCUUUUUAGGAUGUCAUAGUUUAAAUUAAACUACAAAAUGUGUGUAGAACUUUUUUUUUUCUAUCCAAACUACCGUAGGCCAUAUUUGUUUCGAAUGUAAAAUCCUUACUAGAUUUUAGUUUCUUUUCUAACUCCAGAAGUUUUUCAGUUUCCAAAAUUAGGUGGAAAUCGACAAACUGCCAUGUGCAUCAGCAGGCUAGACGUGGGUGUAAUGAAACUUGUCGUUUUAACAUUUCAAUAACAGUAAAACCAGGUCUUGGGUUUGAAACUAACCAUAUCCAAAUGCCAUUCAUUUCAAGGAAGUCUGUUUGCACCUCAAAAUAUGAAUAUUCCCUACAGUGCUGUUUCUAUUCUACGUGAAACUGAAACAUUAAACUAGUAACCGCAAGGUCAUUUAAAAAAGGGCCAUGUUUAUCAAGGUCUGUCCCCAAGCCCAAUUAUAAAAUGUAAUUGUUUCUGUUUGUACUCUUGAUAGUUUUAGUUUGCCUAGUAAUUAAGAAACAAUGGUUUUAAUACUUGGUGGAAGCGCCUUUGGCAGCAAUUACAGCUGUGAGACUGUCGGGAUAGGUCUCUACCAACUUUG